UACAACAUCUCAGGCUCUGCUCUCAUUUUGUGUUUUUUUUCCAGUGCCGUCCGUUCCUAACCUGGAUUUUGGAAUACUGGCAGAUUUUCUUUAGUAAAUUACAGCUGAAGGAAUGGAUCAAGAUAAAAAUAGCCAAGGCAAAAAAGUGUUUGGAUUAAAAGCGAAAAAGAAAAGGAAAAUCAACAAGGGUCUUGUGAUCGCAAACAAAGGCGCUGCAGAGCCUGAAUCUGAAACUAAUCCAGACGAGCCAGCCGGGUCAAACGCUGAAAAUGAUGAAGCAAGCGCUCCUGAGGACUUUUCCUUUCGACACAAUCCUAAUACUAAAAGGUCUAAACUUGUGACCAAGAUAUUGGAAAGUGAGAGCAAACCACAACAGUUUCAGAUCUCCAUCAAUAUAACAGAAGCUAGGCAGCUGGUCGGAGAUAAUAUAGACCCCAGUGUUGUCAUUGAAAUUGGAGAUGAGAAAAAACAAACCUCUGUGAAGGAAGGAACGAACGCUCCCUUUUAUAAUGAGUAUUUUGUGUUUGACCUUUUUUGUCAUCAAGACAUCUUUUUUGACAAAGUCAUCAAACUAUCAGUGAUGCACUCAAAGAUCAUGAAGGGCUACUGUGUGGGAACCUUCAAGAUUGAUGUUGGAACGGUUUACGCCCAACCUGGCCAUCAGUUCAUCAACAAGUGGGCGAAGCUAACAAACCCAGCCGACAUCCACACAGGGGUUAAAGGACAUCUCAAGUGUGACAUCAGCAUCUCAGGAAAGGGAGAUGUUGCACGACCAUCCCAGAAGUUUAGUGAUGCAGAGGAACAGAUCGAAAAGAACCUCCUGCUUCCUGAAGGCCUAAACCCCGAGCGCCCAUGGGCUCGAUUUUAUGUGAUAGUGUACAGAGCAGAAGGUCUUCCCAGAUUAAACUCCAGUAUUAUGGCCAAUGUGACCAAAGCCUUCGUUGGAGAUAACACAGCCCUCAUAGAUCCUUAUGUAGAGGUGUCCUUCUUUGGUCAAGUUGGCAGGACGUCGACUCAGAAGAGCACAGCAGAUCCAGUGUGGAAUGAGCAGGUGGUUUUUAAGGAGAUGUUUCCUCCGCUGUGCCAAAGACUGAAGAUUCGGGUUCUGGAUGAAGGCAGCAUGAAUGAUGUGGCCAUUGGGACUCAUUACAUCGAUCUGCACACCAUCUCAAAUGAUGAAGAUGGAGACAAUGGUUUCCUCCCCACAUUCGGACCAUCAUGGAUCAACAUCUACGGCUCACUUCGUAAUUCCACACUGGUGGACGACAGUCAGCUGAACGAGGGUGUCGGAGAGGGCGUGUCGUACCGGGGCCGGCUUUAUAUAGAGCUGAUGGUGGAGAUCUUGAGUGGAGGUGCUGAAUCCAAAUCCCUGUCGAGGAUGAAGGGAGGGAAAACGGGAACUAAAGAUCCAAAAACUGCAGCGGGGGCAGGAGGUGAGGAGGAGAAGAGCAAGAGUACAGGACCUGAGGUGAUGCCGGUAGAGCCUCUACAGAAGGUGUCUGAUGAAGACGUGGAAUCUUUCCUCCUCUUUGGUUCUGUGUUUGAAGCUUCCAUGAUUGACAGGAAAUUAGGCGACAAACCCAUCAGCCUUGAGUUCACUAUCGGUAACUUUGGGAACUUCAUAGAUGGCACUACACUUCCUCCAAAGAAAAAGGUUGAAGAUGUGUCCUUGACCACUCCUCUUCUAGAUACCACAGCUACGACACCAUGCAAAUCCAGUACAACCCCAGAGAAACCGGUUUUUGGGGAUACACAGAGGCACUAUAUGCAUUUGCCCAUCUCAAAGCGAAAGCCGUGUGUGUAUAUUUAUUCCAACUGGGAGGAUCGGGCCUAUCGUCUCCAUCACUCCAACAUGCUGGACACUAUUGCCCUGAUGUUUGAGGAUGGAGUUGCUAAAGUGAUGGAACUAGAUAAAAUGUUAAAUCCCAAGGCAGAGAGUCUCAUGAAACAUGUUCUCCGAGAGUUUUGCAAAGACGCCAGAGAGUUUAUCGCCUUUGCUGAAAAGAAGGUGAAGGGAGCCAACUUGACUUUACUGGACAAAAAGAGACUCACGCUGUGUAAACAAGAACUGGAGAGUAUGAUUAAAGUAUCAGAAGGAAUUCUUGAGCCCAAGAGGAGAGCCUUGACCGUUACAGAGAUGCUGCAGGAAGUCCAGAAAAUCAAAAAGAAACUGAGAUUUCUGGUGGAAGAGCCUCAGCACACUCUGCCGGAUGUGUUUGUGAGCAUGGUCAGUAAUAACAAGCGUUUGGCACACGCCAGAAUCCCUGCUCGGCACCUGCUCUUCUCAGAAAGUCAAGAGCAGAAAGGCAAAAACUGUGGGAAGAUCAUCACGCUGUUUCUCAAGCCUCCAGGAAAGCGUGGACCGGGGUGGACCGUCCAGGCUAAGCUGGAUGUGUUCCUGUGGCUGGGAACUUCUAAAGACUCGUUCCACAUGUUGGAAAACCUCCCGUCAGGCUUUGAGGCGGAAGCCGUGUCCUUAGAAGACAGGAGUGGACUUCCACCUGAGAAUUUACUAUACAAGGAGCAGCACAAGUUCCAGCUGCGAGCUCAUAUGUACCAGGCUCGAGGUCUCAUCGCCGCGGAUAACACAGGCCUGUCUGACCCUUUCGCCUGGGUGUCUUUUAUGUCCAACAGUCAAAGCACUGCUAUCAUCAACCAAACUUUGACACCCACUUGGAACCAGAUGCUCCUGAUAGAAAACGUGUCUCUGCAUGGAGAGCUUCAUGAAAUAGUCCAGGAACCUCCGCGAGUUGUGAUUGAAGUGUAUGACGAUGAUGCAGUGGGUACAGAAUAUUUGGGAUCGACAGUGGCUGUUCCAGUAGUGAACGUGUGUGAGGAGCAGUACUCCCCUCCUCAGCUGCAGUACAGCCCUCUUUUCUGUGGGAAUCUGACUGGAGGAGACAUACUGGGAGCCUUUGAACUCAUUCAGGUCUCAAAGUCAGGAGAACACAAACUCCCUGCAUUCGACAAACCGGAGGGAGGGGUUUUCCCAGUGCCCGCAAACAUCCGACCCGUGCUCUGCAAAUACAGAAUAGAGGUUUUGUUCUGGGGCCUGAGAGAACUGAAGAAGGUUCAGCUCUUAUCUGUUGAUAGGCCUCAAGCGUUUAUCAAGUGUGCAGGCGGAGGCGUCAACUCUUCAGUGAUUCAGAGCUACAAGAAAAACUCAAACUUCACAAUGCUGGUGGAUGCCUUUGAUGUGGAACUGCCUGAAGAUGAACACCUGCUUCCCCCUCUCACCAUCACUGUGGUGGACUGGAGGGCCUUUGGGCGGAGCACGCUUGUGGGUAGUCAUGUGAUUAACAACCUGGCCUUGUUUAAACACAUCCCCACAAUAGCCCAACAGCCACAGCAGGAGGCCAAAAAUGUUGCUGUCGCUGCACUAUCUAUUCAGCAGAGUGUUGUGCCAAAGCCAGAAGAAGAGAUUGCCAUUGACGUAGAGCAAGAGGAGACACCCAACCUUCUCCCCAAACCUGAACCAGAAUGUCCAGACCAAAGGGUGUCUAAGAAGUCCAAACGAAGGUCGACUAAGAGGAAGAAACGCACAGCGGCUGAUGAGUCAGCAGAUAAUGUUAUCGACUGGUGGUCCAAGUAUUAUGCAUCAGUGGAGAAGAUCCAACUGACAAAGCAAAACGAUGGCAAUCCAUUUCCACUGCUCUUUGAUAAUGUACUUCCAUUGGAGAACAUUGUGUCAGAAGGAGUGAUCAAUCUGGCUUCGGGUCUUAAAGACAGAAAAAAAGAGAUUAAUUUCAAGAGUGUGGCAGAACAGCCCAAGCUUGCGACAUUACAGGUAUAUGACAAAGAACUGGAAGCUGAGUUUGGACCCUUUGAUGACUGGGUGAAAACCUUUCCGCUCUGCCGAGGAAAGGCCAAUGAGGUGGAAAGCUCUGCCGAUGAGAGAUUUGUUGGGAAGUUUAAGGGCAGGUUUUGUCUGUACAAAGUGCCGGAAAAAGAGUUUGAGGAUGAUGGGUUUAAGAUAAACCAGGGUAUUCCUCCAAACACUGCGGUGGAUGCCAUAAUCCGAGUGUACAUAGUUGCAGCAUUUAACUUGCACCCAGCGGACCCCGAUGGCAAAGCAGACCCUUACAUAGUGCUUAAACUGGGAAAAACUGAUAUCAAGGACAGAGAGAACUACAUCCCAAAACAACUCAACCCAGUGUUUGGAAGAUCCUUCGAAAUUCAAGCCACUUUUCCCAAGGAGUCUCUUCUGACGGUUCUCAUUUACGACUAUGAUGCUGUCGGAGGUGAUGAUUUGAUUGGAGAAACACAGAUCGAUUUGGAAAACCGCUUUUACAGCAGACAUCAUGCCACCUGCGGUCUGCCGACCGAAUAUGACAGUGAUGGUUAUAACGCAUGGAGAGACGCGAUCAAGCCAACUGACCUGUUGAUUAAACUGUGCAAGGACAAUGGACUGGACAGUCCUCGUCUCACUCCUGGACGAAUUUCCAUUGGGAACAAAGUCUUCACUGGUAAAACUUUAUUCGUAGAUGAAGAUCUGAUGGUGGAGUCAUACGAGCACCUGGCUUUAAAGGUGCUACACAGGUGGUCAGAGAUGCCGGAUGUGGGCUGUAAACUUGUCCCGGAGCAUAUUGAGACUCGCACCCUGUACCUCAAGAACAAACCAGGACUGGACCAGGGCCAGCUGCAGAUGUGGGUCGACAUUUUUCCCAUGGAUAUGCCUGAUCUUGGUCCUCCCGUGGACAUCUCACCUCGCAAACCCAAAGGGUAUGAACUGAGAAUCAUUAUCUGGAAUACUGAAGAUGUUAUACUGGAGGACACCAACUUCAUAACAGGACAGCAGUCAAGUGACAUUUACGUCAAAGGGUGGUUAAAGGGUCUUGAAGAUGACGGCCAGGAAACCGAUGUUCAUUACAACUCUUUGACCGGAGAGGGUAAUUUUAACUGGCGCUUUGUGUUCCCCUUCAACUACCUGCCGGCUGAGAAAGUGGUGGUGGUGCAGAAGCGAGAACACAUCUACUCUUUGGAUAAAACUGAGCAGAAGAUCCCAGCAGUCCUUGUGUUGCAGGUGUGGGACUUUGAGAGGCUAUCAUCUGAUGAUUUCCUGGGCACGUUGGAGUUGGACCUGCAUAGGUUUCCACAUGGUGCUAAAUCAGCUAAAGCCUGUAAGCAGGAGAUGUUGACGGAAAGCACAGAGAACAUCUCUAUCUUCCAGCAGAAACGCUCCAAAGGCUGGUGGCCCUUCAUUAAAGCUGAUGACCUCACAGGGAAAGUAGAGGCGGAGUUCCACCUGGUAACAUCAGAAGAGGCAGAAAAAAGUCCAGUCGGCCGUGCACGCAAGGAGCCUGAGCCUUUGGAAAAACCUAAUCGACCAGACACAUCCUUCUCUUGGUUUAUGAAUCCAUUCAAGUGCUUCUUUCACCUGAUCUGGGGGAACUACAAGAAAUACAUCAUUGCAGGCCUGGUGCUGUUGAUCUUGACCUUGUUCCUGGUUCUUAUCUUCUAUACCCUACCAGGGGCCAUUAGUUCUAAGAUAGUAAACGGGUGAU